CGCGGACGGACGCCCGUUACGAGCUACGGCGUACCAGCUACGCCGCCGACAUGUGAUUUCAUACUACGGUGACAAGUAUUUUUGCUCAAAAAUAUUUUUUAUACUGUGAUCGAGUGACAAAAUGGAGUGGACAGUGUUCCUGGUUUUGUUAUACGCUGCCGCGGUGUUCGCGAAUCCAGCAAAAAUGGACUCAAAAAGGGACCACUGCAACAAGACAGUGGAGAUCUACGAGGACGUAUCUUCGCCGCCGGUCACGUCCGAAAACUUCGGGCGGCCUCUUACUUGCACAUAUAGGUUUAGGGCAUUCCGGGGCUCCCCCAAAGACUGGAUACUGAGGAUAAGAUUCAAGAAAUUCAAAGUCGGCACUUUGAUCAAUGGAACUACGUGUCAUAAGGGCUACAUGCAGAUAGUAGACGGAAACGCCAAGACCGACGUGUCCAACAGGAAGGAGCCGGGGCUGUUCUGCGGCGAGAUCGAACAGCCUCAGACCUUCAUCUCGGAGACCAACUUCGUGAAGAUCGUCUUCCACGCCGAUAACUUCACUGAUCAGACGUACUUUAGCUUUGACUCAAGAGCUGAACAACAAUUCGAAGUGUAUCUUCGGUACGGUCAACAUCCAGAGCUGUACCCUAACAGAAGAGGCGAGGUGGUGGCAGGGUCGUACUGUGAAAGAGUUUUCCGAGACUGCCGGCUGCAAACGUGCUACGUGCAGUCAGCUGCGUAUCCAGGAGUUUAUCCCAGAAACCUCCACUGCAGGUAUCACCUCAACACCAGGCUUCCGUACAUAAAGCUGUACAUCGAGAAUGAGGAGUUCAACAUCGAUGGCCAGCGGUGCGAGAACAUCAUGACGUGUCCCAUGAGGCCCAUCACAUCUGGUUCAGAGAACUGUCCAUACGACUACAUCAAAAUCUACGACGGCAGAGACGAAUCGGCGUCUGUGAUCGGGACGUUCUGUGGCAUGGGCAAGUUCCCUUACUCCAUCAUCGGGACUUCGCAAGAUCUCUUCGUGGAAUUUGUCAGCUCGCCUGCAGGUCCUCUCUUGAACACCGGCUUCCACUUCAACGUUGGCAACUGGCCUGGGCACGUCGAAGCCGCCGGCUCCAAAGUGGGGACGUGCGACUGGCGCCUCACAGCUGAAUCCCUGAAGAAGUCUGGAGAUACUGAAGGAAUAUUCCUGUCAGUAGCUCACUGGUAUCCGCCGCACACGUCUUGUACUUAUCUGAUGCAGGGACUACCUGGUCAGGUUGUGAGGCUUUACUUUCCAAGCUUCCGAAUCAAUCGCAUCGAGUCCCCCAUCGUGCCUUGGACUGGUGACUGUGGCGAGUCACUCACUUUAUACGACGCUCCAAGACCUGAUGACGCUCGCAUCAUCAAGACCUUCUGUGACACCUUCAGUAGACCAAUGGAAAAACACGACUUUGUGUCGACUGGAAACGCCAUGUUUGUUAGAUUUGAGAGCAAGACUGGGAGUUACAGCGGCUCCUCCUUGUACUAUUGGGCACACUACGACUUCUUCAAUAACACACGAUUCGGAGAGCCUGUUCCCAACACUGCUUGCGAUGAAGUCAUUGCCUCUUGGAAGCAAAGAGCUGGUCGCUUGAGGUCGCCACUGAACACGCUGGUAUACAAACAGGCACCACCAGGGGAGGACGUCCACUGCCUGUAUCGAUUCGUCACUGAUAAGAGGAUAUACGCCAGAGUCAUACUGACCAUCUUGAGCGUGAACUUCAAGGAGCAUCCGUAUACACCAGUAUCCUGCCAGAACUGCUACGAAGACCGUGCCGAUAAGUUGAUCAUCUGGGAGCCUUUCCCUGGAUCCAAAACUCCUAACUCAUCAAUAGGGGUCACUACAACGCCUCUACCUCUUCAUUUAGCCGUUCAACGAUCUUUGGGUUCAUGUCUAUGCGCAAAACAUGCAAAUACUGUAUCCAGAGCGAGGCCAUACAGGGUAGUAUCGUCUGGAGAAACACUGAAUCUGCAACUCAUAGUAGACAAUGCUCACGCUGCUGCGUCAUACUUCAAGAAUCCGUCUCCCCUCUUCGAAGCCAGGUACGAAUUUGUCCAUGGGCCAUUAUGUGGACCACCAGUUUUAGCAGCUGCUUCAGAUGGUGAAAUCGUCUAUCCUCAUUUAGAAGCCCUAGGUUAUACAGAACCACCCAAGCGCAUCCAGUGCAUUUGGGAUUUAGAAAUUGAAGAAAAGAGAGACAUGUGGCUACACUUUGAUAGUAUCAAGUUUGCAUCAAGGCACUGUGAGGAUGGCAACAUACAAAUCUACUUACCUGGCAGAAUAGAACCGUACCUAUCAAUCUGUGGUGGCAAUGUGUCUGAAACUGAGAAGUUACCAAUACUUUCGGCAGGGGAACUGGGUUUUGAAUCAUUGGAUGAUCCAUUGGUGAUGGAAAAAGACAAGACUAGGUCUAUUAGAAUCGUCUUUAUUGGCAGCGCUUCUCCUGCCAGAGCUGCGUUCAAAAUCGCUUGGACAGGCCUCUUCCAUUUGCCCAAGAAUUCUGAUGGAACGCUGAUGACUUCUCGACUGACUGAUGGUGGAAUAAAAUCUUCAGACUCGGGACAAGGUUGUGAUUUUAUUUGUCCUGGCGAUGAAGCUCUUUGUAUUCCUGCUAGACUUAUUUGUAACGGUGUCGUCAACUGUCCGAACGUGACGACAAAUGAAAGGAAGUUCUGGACUGCUGAAGAGAAGCGGGCAAGAGAGGCUUAUUCAGAAGAUAGUUUGAGGCGUCUCGGGUAUUUGGAUGCGUUGAAUGGUAUUCCGUUUGGGCAGUUGAACGAUGAGUCACCAGAAUUGUGUGCAGGGGCCAGGAGUUCGGUUGGAGGGGACUGGACUGCGCCUGCUUUAGGUGCUGGUCUGGCGAUUGCUUUAGGAGUAUGUGCUUUGGGCGCUGCCUGGCGCCUGUGCUGCCGCAAGAGGUCUCCAGACGAGGAGUCCCUGGAUUACUGACACGCGGCCCGCGGUGCGCCUCACGCACCGCCCUCCCUACAUUCAAGGUCUACAUCCAGGGAUCUCCCGUUAGAUUGGAGCCUUCAUUGACAGACACUUUAUUGAGCGCCGGAACCUUGACUUGUAAAUUACACGAACAUCAUUAUUGUGUUGAAAAUAUUGCUGGUUUCUUCUGAAACCAAAAUUUAAUGAACAUUCCAACUUGUUACCUUCGUGAAUGCGGUAACAUGAUGACUACUUGAUUUUAAUCACAUCUCAUUACUAUGAGGGUUCUCAAUUAUAAAUAAUAAGGCGCUCAACUAAUAGUUGAUUUGUAAUUAAUGUACAUACAUUACGUACGGUUAAUUAAUUUUAAUAUUAAUAACGUACAUUUAAGAACGACGAUCAUAGGUAUAAACGACAAGGUGAUAGUAGCCAAACAAUUAAGCAAUUAUCAAUUAGGUAAAAUAGUGAUAAUAAUAAUAAUUUUGUAACGUGGUUUCAAUUGAAUAAGAGAGACUCGUGAACAUUGUUAAAGGUACGCUCAUUAUAAAAAGUGUUGAAUAAAGUUAAAGUUUCGAUUAAGAAAUUGACUACAAGUGUGAUGAAAAAAUAAGUUGGAUUCAUUCUCAUGAAGCAAUUUAAAUACACGACUUGAUGCUACUGGAAAUUGCACUGCUUCAAAAGCAAAUUUGACUGAUUGCGAACAUCACUGUCAAAAAUUAGGAACAUAAUAAUAAUGGUGUAAAUAUUAUCAUAAGCAUGUUGUUCUAUUAUGAGCCUUGCACUCUAGGCAUUUGUGGUUCAAGAUAUUUUGUGUUUUGAGUAACUUCUAAGAAUUUGAAACUUACAUCAGUGCAUUUAUUUAAUUAAAACUUAGUGUUGUAAAUACAUUUCAGUGUGUUCCAUGUAUCAUAACAUUGUGUUUCUAGUCUCAUCCAACGAUGGAUUUACUAGGCAUACUAACUUAAUAGAAUCAAUACUGUUAAAAGCUCUCUGUAUUUUCAUCCAUCUUAACUUGGAAAUGGCGUAUCAAUUGGAUUACUGAACCGCAUCUUGCUUCUAGAGUAGAGUGCUCAAGAGGUAAAUUUCGUCGAUUCCUUGGUGUAUCACUCAUGUAAUGUUUUACUUGUUAAUCAUUCAAUUUACAUGCCAAGGGAUCUUUGAUGUUUACCUUAUGUUUAAGGAAAUGUAACGCACGAUGAUUAGCAAAACUUAGUUAUAUGUUCGUUGUAAUUUGAUUCUGUACAAUUUGUAUAGACCGCUUCGUAAGGGCUGGGGCGUUUGAUAUGGAAAUUGAGUUAAUAUAUUGGGGGGUAAUGGAAUUAUUUAAGACAUGUUAAGGAAAGGAGAUCCUUAAAGUCCGCAUUUAGAGUGAUGUGUGUUUUUUGUCAAACUUUCUAAUCGUAAUCGUGUAUUACCUACAAUCUUUUAAGAAGAUUUUAUACUUUGCUUUAUACCUAAGGCUGCGGUAAUCACUUACCAUCAGGUGAUCCGUCUGCUCGUUUGCCUCCUGUCCCAUAAAAAAGGGUGGCGUGCCUAACUUACUAGGUCUUGCUUGAAAUGCCCGUGCAUGCAGAAGUGGCAUUAAUGUAAGUGUACAGUAAAGGCAGAUUGCGUUCUUUUAUCACAUUUGCGACAGCUCUUGCGAAGUAAGUCAUAAAAUAUAAUAUUUUGCACAAUUAGUGCCCCCGAACACUGCCGGCGUAUCCUUCGCUUGGACUCCAUUCCUUGAUGUUGAGCUUUUAGGUAUUAUAAUGUACACAUAAAAUUACAUUCAGUGUUGCCAGCGCAGUAUUACGCAAGGUUUUUUUUUAAUAAUGCUCAAAAAAGACAUGUUUGAACUAGUCAUGCUCUGUAAAACUACUUAAGUAUUUUGUUCGAUUUUUAAGUACAAUAUUGUUAAUAAUCAUGUUAUUGUUAACAUAAGCAAACACAUUGUUAAAUUAAUGAUGUAAUAAUCGCUUGUAUUUUAAUUAAGAAGUACAGUCGACAGUAUUUUAAAUAGUACAAACCAUUGAAAGCUCAAUCACAAUCAAUUCAGCUCAACAUCGAAUUCUCUUUACCUUAGUUGUAAUUUUAGUGAAUUGUUUUAUGUACGCAAGUGUACUCAGUUAAUCAUCAAAAAAUGUUAAAAAAUAAUAAUAUAUUUUGUACAAAACUG